GAUGUAUGAUGGAGAAGACAGAGACAAUUGAGGCUUAUUUUUCUCGUUUAAUGGAGAUCAAAAACGAGAUGGAACUCAAUGGCUAUGAGGUUGAAGAUGAGAUGUUUGUUGAAAUAGUUUUGAACAGUUUGCCUUUGAAGUUUAAUUAUAUUGUGGCCGUAUUGCAAGAGACGAAAGAUUUUUCGAAGAUGUCCAUUGAAGAGUUGCAUGGUUUGUUGAUUUUACAUGAAAGCAGGAUUAAUGAAAGAUUGGAGAAUUCGAUGAAAAAUGAUUCAACAGAAAAGGUGUUGCAAGCCUUGACUCCAAAAGGCAAUGGACAGGGACAGUCUAAUAGUGGUGGUGGUGAUUCACAUGCUCGUGGUCAAAAUUUUAGAGCUCGUGGGCGUGGUGGCCGUGGGAAUUACCAAGGUCGUGGUAGAGGUAAUUUCCAAUUUCAGAAAAGUGGUAAUCCUAACAAUUCCAAUUAUAGUCUACAAUUUCAAAAAUAUGAGGUCCGUUGUUAUAAUUGUGGAAAGUUGGGUCAUUAUAAAAUGGAUUGUUGGAGUGUAAAGGUUGAGAAUAAAAAUGGGCAUGCUCAAGUUGCUAAAAUUGGUGAUGAUAACCAUGAAACAAUUUUAUUUUCUGCUGGUGUUGCUGAGGUAAAUAAAAAUUCUGUUUGGUAUCUUGAUUCUGGCUGUAGUAAUCAUAUGUGUGGAAAAAAGGAGAAUUUUUCUGAUCUUGAUGAAUCUUUUCAAAGCACUGUGAAGUUUGGUAAUAAUCAAGUUGUUCCUGUGAUGGGUAAAGGUAGUAUUCCCAUUACUUUGAAAAAUGGGAAGAAGAGUUGCAUUGGUGGUGUUUAUUGCGUGCCUAAUCUUCUUCAUAAUUUGUUGAGUCUUGGUCAGUUGCAAGAGAAGAAUUAUGAUCUUAAUUUUAGACGUGGUGUUUGUACAAUUCGUGAUGAACGAUUGGGUCUAAUAGCUAAGGUAGAUAUGAACAAUUGUUGGUUGUUUCCUAUUAUUCUUAGUCAUGAUGAUUUGUCUUGUUAUAGCACUACUGGCUUCGAUGAGACUUGGUUAUGGCAUAUGAGAUUUGGUCAUUUUCAUUUUGGAGGUCUAAAGUUUAUUGCUAGAAGUAAUGUGGUGUCUGGAUUACUAUUAUUUGAUUUUACCACUAGACAUUGUGAAGCAUGUAUUUUGGGGAAGAAGCAUAGGGAUUCCUUUCUAAUAGGUAAUGCUUGGAGAGCAAGACAACCAUUGGAGCUCAUACACUUAGAUUUGUAUUCAGUUGAGGUUCCUUCUCAUGGAGGUAAUAAGUUUUUCAUUACUUUCAUUGAUGAUUUUGGUCGGAAGACAUGGAUGUAUUUUUUGAAAUAUAAAUCUGAUGCUUGUGAAGUCUUCAAGAGUUUUAAGUCCUAUGUUGAGAAGCAAAGCGGUUAUAUGAUUAAGACUUUGAGGAUUGACAGAGGCACUGAAUAUACAGUAUGUGAUGAUUUUUUUUGGCUAACUAUGAAAUCAAGCAUUAGAUGACCGCUAGGUACAUACCUCAGCAGAAUGGUGUUGUGGAGAGGAAGAAUCGUACUGUGAUGGAUAUGGUGAGAUCUAUGAUGAAAGCAAAGAGUAUGCCAAAGGAGUUUUGGGCUGAAGCUGUUUCUUGUGAUGUUCAUGUUUUGAAUCGAUGUCCAUCAAAGAGUAUUCAAAAAACACUCCUUAUGAGUUGUGGUCCGGUAAGAAACCAAAUAUUUCUCAUCUUAAGGUAUUUGGUUGUGUUACUUAUGCCCAUGUCCCAGAUGCAAUCCGGAAGAAGUUGGAUGAUAAAGCAGAGAAAUGCAUCUUUAUUGGUUAUAGUAGUGAAACAAAGGGGUACAAGCUGUUCAAUCCAAACACUGGGAAGGUAAUCAUUAGUAGGGAUGUGACUUUUGAUGAGCAAAGAGUAUGGGAUUGGUAAAAAGAAGAGCCUGAGUCACCACAACCACCGAUGCGGAUGUAUAUGGAUGGAGUUGAUGAGAGAGGGGAGCAAACUCAACAAUCAUUUCAUGAUUCUUCUACUUAUGGUGGUCGUCCGCGGUGGAAAUCACAAUUACUUGCUCGUUUGAAUGACUAUGUUGUUGGAGAUACGAUUGACCAUCUUACUAAUGAAGAUGUUGUGAAUUUUGCUUUGUUUAUAGAUUGUGAUCCUGUUGACUUUAAAGAUGCUGUUGCUUAUGAUCGUUGGGGGAAAGCAAUGCGUGAAGAAAUUCAUGCCAUUGAGAAGAAUAACACUUGGGAGCUCACAAAACUUCUAAGUGGGAAGAAGCCCAUAGGUGUCAAAUGAGUUUAUAAGAUUAAGUACAAGCCUAGUGGAGAAGCUGAUAGAUACAAGGCAAGGUUGUUAGUGAAAGGUUGCAAGCAGAAACUUGACAUUGAUUAUUUUGAGGUAUUUGCUCCUGUUGCUCGUCUUGAUACUAUUCGUAUGGUGAUUUCUCUUGUUGCUCAAAAUUGUUGGAAUAUAUUUCAAAUGGAUAUAAAGUCUGCCUUUCUGAAUGGAGUACUUGAAGAAGAAGUGUAUGUGGAGCAACCUCUUGGAUUUCUUAAAAAAGGACAAGAAGAUAUGGUGUAUAGGUUGAAGAGAGCUUUGUAUGGGUUGAAACAAGCUCCAAGAGCGUGGUACAAGCGCAUUGACACCUUCUUUGUUGAAAGUGAUUUUCAAAGGUGUUCGUAUGAGCAUACUUUAUAUGUGAAGUCCUCUUCAGCUGGUGACGUUCUUAUUGUUUGCUUAUAUGUUGAUGAUUUGAUUUACACUAGGAAUAAUCAAAAGAUGAUGGCAGAUUUUAGUGAGGUAAUGAUUAGACAGUUUGAGAUGAUGGAUUUGGGUCUCAUGUCAUUUUUUCUUGGGAUUGAAGUUACACAAUCUGAUCGUGGUAUCUUUAUUUCUAAAAGAAAGUAUAUGGGUGAUAUCUUGAAGAAAUUUAAGAUGGAUAGUGUUAAUUCAAUUAUGACUCUUGCUGAAGAAAGGUUGAGGUUGACUAAAGAUGGCAAUGGUGGUGUUGUGAAUUCUACCUAUUUUAAGAGCUUGGUUGGGAGUUUAAGGUUUUUGACGUCGACAAGGCCUGACAUCAAUUUUAGUGUUGGACUUAUCUGCAGAUUUAUGGAGAAUCUUCGACAGUCACACUUACAGGCAGCCAAUAGGAUCUUGAGGUACAUCAAAGGCACUCAAGGAGAUGGUAUUUUGUACAAAAGGUGUGUUUGUUGAACUUCUUGGAUACACUGAUAGUGAUUGGGCUGGUGAUACAGUUGAGAGAAAGAGUACUUCUGGAUAUGCUUUUUUCAUUGGUUCUAGUGUGUUUUUUUGGAGUUCAAAGAAACAAUCAGUUAUUGCUUUGUCGACAGCUGAGGCGGAGUACAUUCCUACAUCAAACUGUGCUACCCAAGCAAUUUGGUUAAGGAGGAUGCUUGGAUUUCUUCAAUAUAAGCAAGAUGACUCAACCAUGGUAUUUUGAGAUAACAAUUCAGCUAUUGAGUUGACUAAGAAUUCAAUUUUUCAUGGUUGCAGUAAGCACAUUGAUAUCAUGUACAACUUCAUUCGUGACUUGGUUUGUGAGAAUGAGAUUGCAGUUAAUUAUUGCAAGAGUGAAGAUUAAGUGGCAGAUAUUUUUCCCAAGGGAUUGAAGAUGGAGACUUUUAUGAAAUUGAAGAAAAUGCUUGGCAUGGAGAAUGUUGCAAACUUAGUUUAAGGGAGGCUAUGUUGAAAAAAAAUAAACUAAGUUUUCAUUUUUUUGGUCAUUUCCUAUUUGUAUCAGGUUAACUUUUUAUUUAGUUUUUGGGUAAAAUAGGUCAUAUAAAUAUUUGAUGUUGCCGUCAUUUUUUUAAGAGAGAGGGAGAAAAGAUAGCUUUUUCGGCUGGUUCCUUUUCUUAGUUUUACAAGCCUUGCAAUUGUUUUUUUGAAAGAUAUACAUCCUUGUUUCUAGUGUUCAUAAUCCAUAUUUGCUGCAAUUUGUCUCUUUCAACGAUCGCAAAUUUCUGUUCUUACUUUGGCUUCAUUCUUUUAAAUUUGGUUUUUUUUUUUUUUGGAUUAUUCUCAGUUGAGUCUACAGAAGUGAUGUUCUAGAUAUCAUAACUGUAUCUGCUACCAUCGACAAACCCAAUAUUGUUAUCUCUCAUCCAAUCUAUGACCAUUUCAUGAAGCAUUGCAGGUUUUGGAUAUGUAGAUCAUUCAGAGAAGACUAUUUGUUGGAUACUCUCCAUUCAAUAUUAUCAAGGAAGAAUUGUUAUUGGUAAUUAUUUUCUUAAAAGUAUACAAAGGCAAAUAUCCUGCACUUUCUUCCCUAUAGCCUGGGAAGGUUUGAUGAGGGUUGAUGCUGCAUCAUCAUUAAUCUGGCUGCCAAACUCAUUCUCAUUGCAGUUUCAAUUUGAGGGAGAGCAACAAAAAAUAUAUUAUUUUCUUUUUUAUUAAUUAUUAUUCCAGAUUCACCUUAAUUCACCAUAGAAUACAAAAUAAUUCAAUUUAUUAAAAGUUUAUUUAGGGAAAAAUGAUAAAAGGUCAGCUCCACCUUCGGUUGGCUUUAAGAGGCAACAUCAUUAUUUCAAGCCUAAAACAGAUCAUAAAAAAUGAAGGUGUGAGUGGUUUAUAUCGUGGACUCACUCCAACUGUUACUGCACUUCUUCCAACCUGGACUGUGUAUUUUACUGUUUAUAAUCAGCUGAAAAGCUUGCUUCAUUCACAUGUGGAUGAAAAUAAGGAGCAUUCAAUUGGUGCAAAUGUGCUUGCUGCUGCAGGCGCAGGAGCUGCAACAGCUAUUACCACCAAUCCAUUAUGGGUUGUUAAAACUAGACUUCAAACUCAGGGAAUGAGGGAUGAUGUGGAGCCAUAUAAAAGCAUGUUAUCUGCUUUAAGAAGGAUUACACUUGAAGAGGGAAGGAAAGGUCUAUACAGUGGGCUUCUUCCUUCUUUAGUGGGGAUUAGCCAUGUUGCUAUCCAGUUUCCAUCAUAUGAAAAGAUCAAGUCUUACUUGGCACGAAAAGAAAACACUUCAGUGGAUAGGCUUAGUCCCAGUGAUGUAGCUAUUGCUUCUUCCCUAUCUAAAAUAAUUGCAUCAACUUUGACAUAUCCACAUGAGGUCAUACGAGCCCGGCUACAAGAACAAGGUCAUGCACGCAACAAUAGCAACAAAUAUGCAGGGGUAACAGACUGCAUUAGGAAGGUAUUCUACAAAGAAGGCAUCUCUAGUUUUUACCGUGGCUAUGCUACAAACUUGCUGAGAACUACUCCUGCUGCUGUUAUUACAUUUACAAGUUACGAGAUGAUUCAUCGGUUUUGCCUCCAAGUAAUCUCUACCUGACCAGAAGCAUAGAGAAAGCCUGAAAACCAUCCAUUUGACAGAUUGGUUGAAUAAGGCAACAAGAAGCACCGGGCAAAGAUACUGCAACCAUCAAUUUUAAGUUUUGAAGAAAUACCUAACUGCAGAUAGGACCUCGCCUUUGAGAUUGACAAGUCAAAAAUAUCCAAAUAUCUGAUUCUCCAUGUGAACAAAAUAAUUCAAGGUGUGCAACAGCUUGUAUCUCUGAAACAUGUGAAUUUUUUCUUAAUUUUUUCAUGGAACUGCAGAGCUUGAAAGUAUGUUUUCAACCUAUAUUAUUUAUUACCGGAACAGUUCUUAUA